AUGGUAGUAGAGGAAGAAGAGAAGAAUCAAUUCUUUUCAAAUCGAAUUCACCAAAGAGAAAUAAAUGUCACAGAAGAAGAAGAAAAAGAAGAAGAAAAAGAAUACAACAAAGGAAAAUAUAAUAAUAAUAAUAAUAAUAAUAAUAAUAAUAAUAAUAAACAACAAAAACAACAAAAACAACAAAUCAUAUCAAUUAAUAAUUAUUUUGGUAUUUUUAAACAAGUAUAUCCAUUUCAAAAUAGGAUUGAAAAUUGGAUUAAUAAUAGUAAUAGUAGUAAUAAUAGUAAUGGUAAUAAAAAUAAUAAUAAUAAUGCAAAACAACAAAAACAAAGAAGAGUAUGGAAUAUAACCAAUGGUUUCUUUUUAGUUCGUUUCGAGUUACCCAAUAACAGUCAAUGUUCAAUACUUCCAACACCAGAAUCAUCAUCUCAACACCAAUCAUUACUAUCAGAUUUCAAUAUACCCAAUGAAUGGAAAUGGAGUCAUUCCCAAUCACAAAAUGGUCAAAGGGGAAAGAGAAGCAUUAGACAAAUCAUUAUUGUAAUAUUGGUAGAUUCACUUGGGUAUAAUAUGGUACAACCAGUUGACAAUGAAACAGCCACUAAAUCAGACUUGAAAGUUUACAAUCGAUUAAAGUCACUUCAAAAGUUAAUGGUUGAACAACCAAAAAACACAUUGUUGUACAAGUUUUAUUCGGAUCCUCCAACCGUCACAUCCCAAAGAAUCAAGGGAAUAUCAACUGGAUCGCUACCAACUUUUAUUGAUAUUGGUGGUAGUUUUUCUGGUGAACAAAUUCUAGAAGAUAAUUUUAUUCGUCAAUUGACUACAAUGAGAGACAACGAUGCAAAGAAUCCUCGAAAAAAGAUGGUCUUUAUUGGUGAUGAUAGUUGGCAUACUAUGUUUCCUGGGACAUUUUACAAAUCACAUCCAAUCUCUGCCUAUUUGACAAAUGAUUUUCAUACAGUCGAUCGUCAUGUAAUGCUUCAAACACACAAGAUGCUUCCACACAGCCCUACAAACAACCAGUUUAAUCCAAAUGUAGAUCCAUUUGAAUGUGCCGAGGAGCACCCUACUCCUCCUCCUACACCUGCCGUCGCAACCAUUACAAAUACAGCCACCAUACCAGUAGCUCUUCCAUCCUACGGUCACGUUCACAAACAAUUUGAACCAAGACCAACCAUCACCGAAAUUGACAAUGACUGGGACAUCAUCUAUACACAUAUGUCUGGUAUAGAUCAUGUGGGUCAUAUUUACGGUCCAAAAUAUAAAACAAUGGAUUAUAAAUUAACUCAAUUUAACAAAUAUUUUGAAGAUAUGAUAGAAAGAAUUGAUAAUGAUACAUUAUUAGUUAUAUUUAGUGAUCAUGGAAUGACGGAAAGAGGAGUACAUUCAGGAUCAAGUGAUUUAGAGACUGGAGCAGCUCUAUUUUUAUAUUCAAAGAGUCAAGUCAUUAAUGCUAGUAUUCCAUUCAACCAAUUUAAUACUGAUCCAAAUUCAGAUGUAAGAGUGGUCAAUCAAAUCGAUUUUAUAUCAACUUUCUCAUUAUUGAUGGGUGUUCCUAUUGGAUACAAUAGUUUGGGUACUGUCAUACCAGAGUUAUUCCUAUCAAUCAAGGAUGAAUCGACAAAAGAGAAACAAAAAGGUGGUGGAACUUCAUGGACUACGUUAUUGGAUGCAACAAGACUAUCGACAUGGUCAACCAAGAGAUUUGUAGACUCAUACAUUGAAGCUGUCCCAACAUCAGAAUUGGCAUACAACUCUAAACAACUAGCAAAGUUAAAUGAAAUGUUGGAAGAUUCUGAAAAACAAUACACAAAUUUCAUAAAGAUUCUAUCUGAAGGUGGUCAAGUCGAUGAUUUGGAAGCAUCUAAAUUAUACAUGGACUAUAGAAACUAUCAAUCUUAUAUUUACAAAUUCUUGGUUUCAAAAUGGGCUACUUUUAAUGUACCCCUUAUGGAAACUGGUGUAUUUUGUUUGAAGAUUGUUGGUCUGUCAAUGUUGGUCGUACUCAUUUCAACAGUCUUCUAUUAUUACUUUGUAAAGAAUAGUUUAGAUGAUCAAUUUGAAAAGAAAAUCAUCAAAGAUUCAGUGUUUUCAUUUAAUAGUUUUUUGGCCUAUUCAAUGAUAUCAAUAUAUACAUCGAUUGGACAUUAUUCGGGUCCAUUGGAAUCUGGACAAAUAUUACAAUUUAAAUUCCUAUUUUUGGCUCAUUUCAUAGUUUGGACUAAUAUUGGUGUCUUGGUUACAAUCAUUAGAGAAUAUUUAUUGUUAUUCUUUUUUGCAUUGAUUACUGGUGUUACAACUAUUGUUACAUUUGCAUUCAAUAUAUCAGUGGCAUUCACUUUAUCGACUUUAAUACCAUUCAUUAAAAGAUUAAUGCUCAACACUAAAAAAGAUGAUAUUAUGAAAAUCAAAGCAAGUGUAACUAAUUGGUUACAAGUACAACUUCAUCCAUUUCCAAAUAGAUUACUCAAAACUCUUAAAACAAAAGAAUCAUAUAAUAUAUUUUUGGAGAUGGUAUUGAAACGAUCGCAUGAAUUACUAGUAUUGGUUAAAAAAGUGGUUGAAAGUGAUCUAUUUAGAUUCUUCAUUUUCGAUCCCGUUCGUAUUUGGUAUUUGAAACAUUACGAUCACAUUACCGAAGAGCUAAGAAAAUUCUUCCCAGCUUUAAAGUCGUUGGCUUAUAUGGCACUCAUUCCUCAGUCAUUACCAAAUAUACCAUCAUCAUUUGAUAUUAAUAGUAUUAGUAUUGGUACCUUAAAGAGUUUGUGGUUUUAUGUAUUGGAUUGUGGUCAACAAUAUAUUUGGUUUUAUUUAUUAAAGAAUAGUAUAUUCUAUGCUGGUAGAGGUGAUAUUAGGAAAUACGAAAAAUAUCUAUUCAACUUGGAAUCAAUCAACAAAUCCAACUGGACAACUCUAAAAUCAAUCUAUCAAAUAUCAUUUAAUAAUUUUAUAACUUGGGGUUGGAUAAUCCCAUUCUUUUAUUUCCUCUAUUUCUUUUUUAUUCAUUGGAUCAAUUUAAAUUGUAAAAAUAAUAUUAAUAAUAAUAGUAAUAAUAAUCAUACUUCACAACUCAAUAAUAAUAAUAAUAAUAAUAAUCAAUAUUAUUAUUCAAAAUCAAAACAUUUAAUUAUAUUAAUAUGUUUGGUUAUUUAUUGGACACAAAAUUCUAUUCGACAUUUAGUUGAAUUUCAUUGGAUCGUUAGAUCAUACCCUGUUUGGAUUAUAUAUGGUAUUGUUUUUACUUCAAUUGGCAAAAAUAUUUAUACUCUAAAUUAUAAUAAUAAUAAUACAAAUGAUACAAAUAAUACGAAUAAUACAAAUAAUAAUAAUAAUAAUCAACUAUUACCUCAACAACAUAAUCAAAUAUUAUUAUUUCCUUUACAACAAUCAAAACAACCAUUAUACCAAUUUUUAAAUAGAUAUAUUCAAUUUGUGACACCAAUCAUAUUAUUGUUAUGUACAUUACUUGGAUCAGCCAAUACAAUUGGUUUAUUUUGGAUGUUGUCCGAAUUGACCAUUUUUGGAAUAUUUAUGGUUAAUAUCAAUAGACAAUGGUUUAAUAACAACAAUAAUGGUAAUAGUGGUCAUAGAUUAAAAGUCAAUUCAGUCUUUCAAGUGGUACAUUGGAUAUUGACAGUUGGUACUCUAUUUGGAUCUUCACUAUUCCAUUUCCAUACUACUGGACAUGAUUAUGCAUUAGGUCUAUUACAUUUCGAUUGUGCAUUUAUUGGAUUCCAUAAUCUAAAUCAAUUAAGAGGUGGCAUUAUGAUAGUUUUAAAUACCUAUUCAUCAACCAUAAUUCAUUUAUUAUCAUUACCAAUAUUUAUUAUUUGUUUUACUAUUACAACAAAAUCAACUUCAACACAAAAUAAUAAUAAUAAUAACAAACAAGAAGAAGAAGGAAAAGUAGGAAAAGAAGGAAAAGAAGAAGAAGAAGAAGGAAAAGAUAACGAUAAAUCAUUAGUAAAAGAUGAAUUAAAAAACAAUUAUAAACAAUUGGUUGUCUAUUUAAUGGUCAUUCUAUUGUACUGGAAUAAUAUGCUAAAGGUGAUGAAGUUCCUUAUCAUUCAAAGAGAGAAUUUGUUCUUGUGGAGAUUAUUUGCGCCAAGAUAUCUAUUUGAUCUAGGUCAAUUCUCUAUUGUAGUUACUUGUUUGGUCAUCACAAGUAUCAUAACACAACAAUAA